AGCAUUUUUUCCUUUGGUUUUGCCUUGGAUCUCAAGUUUCAGCCCAUAAGAAAACCAUCAUUGUUCUCUCUUUCUCUGUCGGUCGCUCAUCACAUUUUCCUCGCACGAAAUCAAACACUAUCCAUAAUUUGAUUCCCCAUACCUUUAGUUUUUUUUUAACCCCGGAAUUUCGUUCAGAAGAAUCUCAACAAACUCGCCUUUUCAUCACUUUGUUUCUGGUUCUUUUAAGCUUCCAUUGUUGUUGAUAUCAUAUAGAUCAUCAAGGUGCUUCGUUAAUCCAUUUGGCUUACCAUCUUUUCUAAAAGGUUUCGAAAUCUGGGUUUCUUCUUUACUCUCUUUCUAUUUUCCAGGAAAAUUUUCGAUAAGAAAUGUUGGGUGAAUUCAUUACCAGGGUGCUUGUGUUGGUCCUUGGAUAUGGAUUUCCAGCUAUUGAAUGCUUUAAAACAGUGGAGAAGAAUAAGGUUUCAAUCGAGGAACUCAGAUUUUGGUGUCAAUAUUGGAUCGUCGUAGCGUUUCUGACAGUUUUCGAGAGCAUAGGGGACACAUUGUUUUCAUGGUUGCCGAUCUAUGACGAGCUGAAGCUUACACUCUUGAUCUACCUAUGGUAUCCCAAAACCAAGGGAACUGGUUAUGUGUACGACACCUUGCUGAAGCCAUACAUGGUGAGACAUGAAACCGAAUUUGGUCGAACGAUACAGGAAUGGAGAGCCAGAGCUUGGGAUUUUGCUCUGUAUUAUUGGGAGAACUGCACCGAGUUGGGGCAGACCAAAUGGGUCGAGAUGUUGCAGUUCUUGUCUGGUCAGUCUUCGAGGUUGAAACAAGGCAAGCUGAUUGAUCCGGUUCUAGAUCACCAAUUGGAGUUUGACGAGAAACGGCCAGCCCGUCGUAGACUCUUCGGAGGCAAGACUCGUUAAGUCAGAAGUCAACAACUUGUAACAAACGAACAUUUGUAUAACCCCCCACAAAUUUGCAAACACAAACAGAAGAAACCCAAAAUUUGCUUCUUGAAUAACUAGUGUCAAAUUCAAUUCAUUCUUUACUUUU